CUUUGAAACGCCAUUAAUGCAGCAUUGUGUUUGGAUUAUUUGUAGUAUUUGUAUAGUGUUUAAGAGAGUUAUUAUUUCACAACAUCACAACAACUGUACAAUAGAAAAUGCUUUACACAUCUCUUGUGUUGUGCUUGUGGACUCUGAUCGGUGUGUUUGGUGAUGAAGUGAAGUCAGUGUCAGUGAUGGAGGGACAUUCUGUUACUCUACACACUGAUCUCACUCACAUACAGACACGUGAUGAUACUGUAGAGUGGAGGUUUGGAGUAAACGGUCCUCUCAUCGCCAGAAUGAAGAGAUCAGUCAAUAUUAAUCCCAUAUAUGAAGAUAAUAACACUGAGAUAUUCAGAGACAGACUGAAGAUGAACAAUCAGACUGGAGAUCUCACCAUCACACACAUCACAUCUCAACACUCUGGACUUUAUACACUGAUCAUGAACAUUGGAAAUAAUCAUAAAACAGAGAAUUUCAAUCUCACUGUUACUGUUUCCACUGCUGUCAGUUUCAGUCAAACUACACAAACUCCAUCUUCAUCAUCAGAGAGUUCAGGUGUGACAGAAGAUGUUUAUAGUCCAUCAGGAAGAACACACUCGAGUUAUAUAGUUGUGAUGUGUUGUGCUGUUGUUGGAUGUGUGAUGAUUGUAACUGCACUUCUGAUCUUCUUCAUCUGCAGAAAACACACAAACACACGUGAAGAAGUUCAGAGCUGUGAGGAUGACGUCACUUACAUCACUUACGCUGACACAACAUUCUACAAACACAACGAACACAUAAAGAGAGUUAAAGAGGAGGAUGUGGUGUACACAGAAGUCAUCAUGAGACCUUGAUCCAGUCUUCCAUUCCCUGACAGUUCUCUCCAAAGUCUUACAUGUAUCUUCUGGAUCAUGUGAUCUAUUCAUUUUAAUUGAAAGGUCUGCGACUGCUUCUUGGCACUAUUUCUUCUUUCUUUAGACUUUUGUGAAAAGCAAAAAAUGUUUUUGUUUUAUUCAAUGAUUCACAACACAGAGUCUGUCCUCUAGACACGCGAGGUGCUUAAGGGGACCACAAGGGGGCGCCAUUGCUCUCAAACAUGCAUUAAAGAAAAGUGGCACAAUCAUGGUCAUUU